AUCUAUAAUAUUAUAUGUAUUCACUUAUUUAAUGGCAUAUUAUGAUUAUAAAUUUUAAUCUUAGAGUGCUAUUAGAUUAGUUGAUAAGAGGAAUGAAGUGCAAACCAUCUCGCUCGAGGGAUUCCAAAGCAUGUUUGCAAGAUGUAGGGCUUGGUGUGCAACCUAGAGCCUUGCCCGCGUGUUCUGCUCUUCUCGACCCCCCCUGCAGCCGAACAAAAGAAACCCAGCCAUGCCUUGAGGAAACCGGUAGAGAGCUUGAUUUUUCCCUUCUUUUCUUGUCCAAGAACCUGAUUUGGAACCCAGAAAUCUCCCCCCCUGCAAGAAGCUUCCGGAUCUGCUCUGCUUUUCCCUCUGCUGUCCGUCGGCUUCAGCUUGUGGGGGCGAAUUGCCUUGAUUUUCUGCCCGUGAUUCUUCCCUGCACUUGCCGCCGGCUUCUCCCCCAGCCAAGCUCGGUUUUGCUUGCUAAAUUCUGGUUCCUGAUCGUUUUGUCAGUUAGCAUUGAGAUUGAGUGCUCGGUUUUAUGCGAGUGAGUGAUUGAUGAAUUAUGAUUUUUCUGUUAACUUCUGCCUGUUUUGUCUCCGAUAUGGUCAUGUUAUUCGUGUGCCCGCUAGUGGGAGGUUUAUAAACGCUAGCACAUGUCGACAUGUUACUGAUAGAAUCGGUUCGUUUCUGUUAUCCUGCUAGUGGGAUUAUACACUAGUAAAUCGUGUGCCUGUCA